UUGUUCCCAGGAAACAUUUGGCAGCAUUAGCCAGCCAAUGAAUGAAUGGCACAGUGCUGCUUGAGUGUUAUGGGUACGGCAGGUCAAACAAAAGGAAGUCUUAACCACGCCAUGGCACUGUAAUAAAGGACACACCUAUUUCUGCUCUACUGCACUGAAGAAAGUAAAAGCUUUGCCCUUGUACCUGGCUCCUACUGUACUUCAGAAAAUAAGACCAACUUCGGCGGAUUAAAAGUAUCUGACCACGUUCAUCUGGAGAGACCUUGUCUGCUUCUGUAGGGUUAAAAUGGCAAGCAGCUUCGCACGGGUUUUGUCCAGUAAAAGGAAGGUGGGAAUCUUGUCGUUGGUCGGUGCGGGAUCUCUGACCGUGGGAUUCUUCCUGAACAGAGAGCAGCAUGUCAAUGCAGGAGCGCACGUCCGGAGAAUCUAUCCUCCUAGUGCUGAAUAUCCAGAUUUGCGGAAGCACAAUAACUGUAUGGCCAGUCACCUGACUCCUGCUGUAUAUGCCAAGCUGAGUGAUAAAACCACUCCUAAUGGUUACACUUUGGACCUGGCUAUCCAAACUGGCGUGGACAACCCAGGCCACCCCUUUAUUAAGACAGUAGGAAUGGUGGCAGGGGAUGAGGAGUCAUAUGAGGUCUUUGCUGGCAUUUUUAACCCAGUCAUCAAAGAAAGGCACAAUGGUUAUGACCCCUGCACCAUGAAUCAUCCCACUGACCUGGAUGCCAGUAAGAUACGGGGAGGCCAAUUCGAUGACAAGUACGUGCUGUCGUCUCGAGUCAGGACAGGUAGGAGUAUCCGAGGCCUGAGUCUGCCCCCGGCCUGCACCCGCGCUGAGCGCAGAGAGGUGGAGAGGGUCGUGAUUGAUGCCUUGGCAGGCCUAAAAGGGGAUCUGGCUGGAAAAUACUUCAGUCUCACUGUAAUGACCGAACAAGAGCAGCAGCAGCUCAUUGAUGAUCACUUCCUGUUUGAUAAGCCUGUGUCACCCCUGCUGACAUGUGCAGGCAUGGCUCGCGACUGGCCCGACGCAAGAGGCAUCUGGCACAACAAUGAGAAAACCUUCCUGGUGUGGGUCAACGAGGAAGACCACACUCGUGUGAUCUCCAUGGAGAAGGGGGGCAACAUGAAGAGGGUCUUUGAGCGUUUCUGCAAGGGUCUCCAAGAGGUUGAGAGACUAAUUCAGGAGAAGGGUUGGGAAUUCAUGUGGAACGAGCAUCUGGGUUACAUUCUCACUUGUCCGUCAAACCUGGGCACAGGGCUAAGAGCUGGCGUCCAUGUCACUCUUCCUCGCCUCAGCAAGGACCCUCGUUUCCCUAAGAUUCUGGAUAACCUGCGACUCCAGAAAAGGGGGACUGGAGGAGUAGACACCGCAGCUGUCGGAAACACUUUUGAUAUUUCCAAUCUGGACAGGCUGGGCCAAUCAGAGGUCCAGCUGGUUCAGACUGUGAUAGAUGGAGUGAACUAUCUCAUUGAAUGCGAGAAGAAACUGGAGAGAGGCCAAGACAUCAAAAUCCCCGCCCCCAUCAGCCAGUUUAAAUAGACUGGCAGUCUCGCUUAGCUCCGCCCUUCUCCUGGCUCCUCCCUCUCGUGUGUUCCUUCCUCCUUCAAUAUUCCACUGAUACUGAUCCAUAAGCAUGCCUCUGUGUUUCGCCAGACAUACCACAUUCCAGUAUAAAACAGGAGUGAAUGUAUCGUACAUCAUGAUUGUGUUCAUGUGACGCUAUUGAUUUGUCACAUUGUAACUUACUUGAUUGUGUUGCAAUAAUACUAUAAUAGCCAUUGUCAAGAUUUGCCUCAGGUGUCAGAGAAUUAAACAGAUGUUUUUGUUUAAGAUGUUGACUAUAUAAACCGCUGAAGGGUUUUGGAGAGUGUUUUAUUGUACAUUUUACUGUUGUUAUAAUUGAAAAUAGGCGAAAAGCAAAACUACCACUGAAAUAAUUCAUUUAAAGGUGCUCAGUCAUGUUUUAUGUUGCACUGGGAGUUGGUUUGUACUGACACCUAGUGGUAUGGAUGAAGCAUAGUAGAACUGCUUUAUUUGUGGUUUAAAAUGCCUGCCUCCAGAAGCAACCCAAUCCAUGUAAAAUAAAGCAGAUGCUGAUAUGUAUCUUUAAGCUUUGAAAGUCUUGCCAUCCUGAAGUAUAAAGGAGCUACCAUGUGGCGAAAUUUAUAUAUAUAUAUAUAUAUAUCCUAUCCCAGUGUCGCUGUUUUCAGUGGAUUCAGCAUGAGAUCUGUGCCAAGGUGACUUUUGAGAGUUCAAUCUUCACAGUUAUUUUUCUAAUUGGGUAGUAUCUGAGGUGAAGUCACAAGGCUUGUACAUUGCAUUAUGUUGGAAAACUUAUUUAAUAUAUAUUAAAAUCACAGACAGAUUGACAGAAUAAUAGAUUUAAUAGAAUUAAUUAAAAAGUGUCAAUUGCCAA